AGUAAACAGGGUCGAAACGGAUCUGAUUAGAAUUAAGCGAUCGUGGCCACUUGCAAAUCGAUGUUGACAAGUUAAUUUUAGGCACAGCCCAUUUGAUUUUCUGGGUUGCCCACACUCGUUUUCAAAGUCAACAACUGUCUGCCGACCAUGACCGCUAAAAGAAACCGUUAGAGAUCCGAGAAGAGGGUCUCCACAUCUGCCCCAUUGACCGGGUGCACUGGACGAGAUCGGUCGCCGAUCACUGAUCAGCUAUGGGCUAUAAAAACUGCAUCGAUGCGAUCAUAUUUGCUGCAGUUUCAUUUCGGAUUUCAAAGGGAGAACAAUGCGAGUGCAGGCGGGCUUGGUGUUAUUCCUACUUGGAGCGAUCCUAAGUGAUCGUUUUGUGAGUGGAAAGGAUCAUACGGAUAAAUCAUGGAUAUUCCAGCUGAAGAAACUGCGCAGUGAUCUACGCAACUGCUAUCAAUCUGAAGUCAAUCAAAGCCUGUGGUCUUGUUUCCGCUCAAAAAGCUUACACAUCUUCGAGGACGUAAUGUCUGCUCCAGAGAUUUCCUUAUACGAUGGAGUACGUCUGGUAUCUGCACCCAAUGUCACUGAUAACUCUUCAAGACCCCAAGAUGAGCGGAAGGAUCUAAAGCAUCUUACCUGGUUUGAUCAGCUAGCUGUGAGUUUGGCCAAGGGUUUAACCACCCACACAUUGCAAGUGAACUUGGGCAAACUUACUGAGCGAUAUCUAAAUAGUGAGACUUCUGACACCGAUCCUGUGGGAAGUGCCCGACUGAGACGACAUCGUUAUAACAUGAUUAUCACGAUGAUGUUUGGUGUUACCGCUUUGGGAGCUAUUUUGGUACCCAUGGGCUUCCAAAUGCUGUCUAUAGUGAGCGGUAAAGCACUAUUGUUGGCCAAGAUGGCCCUGCUCUUAGCUUCCAUUAAUGGAUUAAAAAGGGUGGCCAACAAUGGACUACAUUAUGGACUUUACCAUGUACCAGGAGAGCAUUUAGGAGGUUACUAUGACAGAGGGGAUGUAAACCACCCUAGAAAUGUGCCUAUUCCGGUGGCUGUUGCACCAACUUUGGAUAUGGGAUUGAAAUAGGAUCACUUUUGAAGAAGGUGGGAAGAACUUUUAUA